UGUAUGAAUGCGCUGCCUUUUUUGACCCUAGUGUACUUGUUCACGCCCCUGUCUGUUCUUUUUCUCUCUUUGUCUGAACUUCAUCAUCAACCUAGUUGAUGAUUGCAAUUGACAUUUGCAUUUAAUUCAUUCAUUUUGGCUAUUAAAUAUUAUUUUUAUUCCGGAUUCAGGGACAGAUCUUAAUUGGUCGGUUUCAAAUUCAAAAUUCAAUCAAUAAAAAAAAUCAUUACUUCAAAGACAAAAUAAUGUUCUCAAGGAAAGAGACUGCCUCACCAUCGGUGCAUAUCCAGGAGAAGAUCUCCUCGAGGGAUCGAUAUGAGACCCUGGAGAAUAUCGAUCCCAUUGCAAAGCCAUCUCUUGCUUCUAUAGAGACUGUGAAUCCAUGUCAAUUCGUCCAGCGCCGAUAUUUUGGAUCUGACAGCAUUGAUAUUACCAAGCCGCGAACUGCUGUCACUGUUGCCAUCACUGGUCAAAAGGCAAACCCCGGUACGGUAGCUCAACUUCCAGCUAGGUCAUCGAAAUUUGAGCUGUCUGCCGAUUUUGGUGCAUAUAGUGUUGGGCGCUACAUUAUCCGUUGGCGUGUCAAGGCUCUUGAGGAUUAUCAUAUCCUAGAUGAUCUCCAUUUCAUUAUUGAAGUCAAAUACGAUGCUGAGGAAGACGUCAGUGGCACAACAGAUGUUCUUAUGCCAUCAAGGCAACUAGACUUGCUUGCUAGGAACGAUAGGCCAUGGCAUAACCUUGAGUUGGAGGAAAGACUGGUGAUUUUACCUCAUGUUGGCGCUGCUCAUGUCCGACUGGUUCUAUGUAGCCGCGAAACAAAUCAGCGUGUUGAAUACUCUGGACUUGCAUUCGAACAUGUUGAAAUCCGGCCAGAAACGAUGGAAGACACCCAACAAUUAGACAUCCCACAGCUCAUCAUUAGGCGGUUGGCUACGCCUAGGUUUGUAAUUGAUUCUUUGGACGCACAUCCUCCGAUGUCCAAUUCAGCAGCCAAUUCUUCUCAAGCAGUUAUCACGCGAUUAGCAGCCUCAAAGGGCGGUUGCUUUCUCGCCACAUUAGCUCUUUCUCAUAAUACUGCCUUCCUCACUGUCUGGGAUGUCAAUGUUGCGCGGUUUCGUUCUAGCACAUUGGCAAAAACCGCUACUAUGUCGGAAAAUGGCUUCGCUACGGCUGUAAUUCAAUUAAACGGAAUUGGCGAUCUCUCUAAUCUCUCUAUUGGAUUAGCCAUUUCCAAUAACGGCGACCAAAUUGCAAUUUAUCAAGAGCCCAAGAUUGGUGAAUGGGCUUAUGGAUCCACAGUGCAGAAGGGUAUAUUUCCGUUCAAAUUGUUCAACAACCCACUAGUACAGCAAGCAGCUUCAGUCACGGUGAAUAUGGGACAGACAGCUGAAGGCGAUGAAGAGAAUUUGUAUAACAAAGAAAUAAUUUUGGCUGAGGAUGGAACUCCAAUUAGUCAACCUUUGAGUUUCAAGAGCAUUGAUGACCCUAAUAGUGCUUCCAGGACCAUGUGUCUGGAGGAGGUUGCUGUGGACAGGGGCUACCUGAGUGAAUUUAUAGGGUAUUGCGCCUUCUUGCCUGAAACAAAGCAAGGUGACUGGGAGAGAAACGACUUGAAUAGUACAUUACUUUCUUAUCCAGAAGGAGAAUAUGGGAGUGGUUGUGAAGAGUGCGAUAAAGAAGCGGCUAUGCAGCCACCCAGCUCAACGUUCUUGGCGUGCGACGGAUUAUAUAUGGAUGUCUUUGAGAUUACUCCACAGAAGAAUUGGAAGCGUAUGCACACUAUUACACUGACAGACCUUGCGCCGACGCUUUCUAGGCGGAUCACCUGUAAGAUGAUGAUGGAGACUGUUACCAGCAACACAUUUAUGUGGCUUGAAGAUGGUGGUGUCAGUUGCUCGAUCUGGAACUCAAUGACAGGAGCCAAUAUCUGCUAUAUCUGCAGUCAUGAGAAUGCUCGGUUCAAAGGCGACACGUUCCGUGGCCACUGCAAGAUGGCUAUCUCUCCUCAUGAGUCCAUUGUGGCGCUAGCAAGCGUUGAUGGAAGCCUGACAACCUAUUUUGCUACUACAGGAAUGACUAUCAGUAAACGAACUUUUCAAGGGUACAAAAUCGAAUACGUUGGAUUCCAUGCGCAGGAUGAUCAAGUUAUUGUGAUUUUGAGGAAUAGCAUUACUUCGGAGCUGAGCCCUAGAAUCCUGGACUCGCUUAAUCUUAAAUAUGAAACAUUUACGAACGAUAUUCCCAUCCCUACUAUCGGCACCGCCAUCCUCGCCUUCUUUAACGCAAAGAAAUUUUGGAGGAAGGGGAUGGUAUGUGAGGCAGAUGGAACCAAAAUCAACUGCUACGUCGCACAUCAACCUUCGAAGCCCAAAUUCAAUAAGAAUGGCAAAAAUGUGAUUAAGGCAGAACUUGCAGCUAUGAACACUACAUCGUUUGACAACGUUAACUAUCAACUGAAGACUGGAUACCAUAGAGAGUUUUUGCCUGAAGGUGACGGUGCACAGUAUUGGGUUCUCCGUGUUGAGGUUGUCGAAGCGGAUACACAGAAGACUGUCUUUUCAUUUGUCCCUGAGCCCUGGAUGCGAGAAUUAACCAAAAAGGUCGUUGAUCCGGAGAACUCAAUCAAGGCUUAUUUCAUUGCUGAAGGUACUCGCUUUGCCGUGGUAGGAAAACAGACGCUACAGAUCUGGAGUUUACCAUUUGGGAAAUCAAACUGUAGCCUACAGUUCAUUUGGAGCCAGCCUCUAGAUGUGGACUCUAAUGAUUCCACGAAUGUCAAAGACUACUAUGCGGAUAUUACAAGUACAUCCGUGUAUUGGGAUAAUCAGGAAGGGCAGGACAGCAACUCAGUGGCAGAAAUUAAAACAGAAAAUUCGAGGAGAAGAUUGGUUCCGCUCCCUGGAGCGAAUAGCGAUGCGCGUCUCGCUAUUCUGUACUGCUUCCGAAGCAUUCAUUUAAUCGCCGCUGCCUAUGUCCACUCCAUCACUCAGGCCGCCAAAUUGGAGGUGGACCCACAGCAAGUUAACUUUACCUAUAAGGACCAUGCAGAUGCCCUUAUCAAAUUCACUCAUGAGCACAUUAAUCGGAUGAUAUCAAUUAAGGUAUUUUCCGUAUCAAGGGGCCAGAACAACAACGUUCCGGAUCAGAACAAAGCUGGAUAUGGUUUUAGUGUGCGCAAGAAGGCGGACCGCAACGCUAAUAACCAACCUGAAGUUGUCACGAUUCUGACACUACUCAUGGACUGCCGCCGAUUGCGUCACACAAACCAUAUCUUUGUAGAGGGGCUAUUGGCUACAGAUAAUGGCGAAUGGAUCCCCCGAGAUAACAAGGCACUCAAUCCGAUUAAGCGAGCUAUCGAAGCAAGGAACGGGCCCUUAGUUGAAGCCUUCAUUGAAUACUGUAUCAAAAGUGCUAAAAAAUUCCAUCCGGCCUAUAUGACCCCAGCAGUACAAUGCCUCAAUGAGCUGUCUGACCGCUACCCUAACCAUUUAGCCGAUAUGUUUCGAAGAGCCUCAUAUGUCCCUGCGCACAACCACGCCUAUGUUGCCACUCAUGCGAUUGUUGCCAAUCGACGGUAUGCAGAUUGGGUUAAUUUUUUUCUCAACUACUACUCAUUCAAACUAGUGAGGAAGGUCUGGAUUCAGAAAUCACACAAUAUCAACGACUAUUCGAAGCCUGUAUUCAGUUUGCGGUCACAGCUUCCGUUCCGAGCCAUCAACAAGGAUGCCUUUAUGAGUAUCGAAACUAGUAUCCUUGAUAAUCGAAUGGACCAGUUCCCAGCCAAACGAGAAGAGAUUGAUGAGGAACAAAGGCGAGCUCAAUCUCCAUACUCUCACAAGAUCUAUGUUUGUCCGUUCCCCAGACUCUCAAGGUACCCUGCCUUCCGAGGAUGGGUUGACGAUCGAUCCAUCGCAUUCACCUCAGCAUUUACGGAUAUUGCAGGUCAAGAGUUUUUUGACAGUCCUGCCAUGGUAGCGACACUUGAGUUUAAAUGGCACAAGUAUGCUUUCUUCAAUUGGUUUGUGCGCUACCUUAUUACGCUUGCGUUCUUUCUCUUUUUUUUGCUUAUCACUGGAAUGCAAAUCAAGACCUCGACUUUGCCUGAUAAAGAAAAAGAUCCUCCUAUUACUGAAGAAUGGGUCCUCGCACGAUAUCUAUUGGGCUGGCGCCCGUUCAUCAAAUUCACCAUUUUCGUUGGCCUCCUUUUACUCAUCUACGACCUCCAACGACUCAUGGUCUCGGCUAGUAAAUAUAUCAGGUCCCCAUUUAAUUUUUGGCAUUUGUUUUCACACAUUUUCACUAUCACAGGAUGCUUCUUGUUUCUAAACACUGGGCCAGGUAAAAGAAAUGACUCCAGUGAAGAUAGUGGCCCAAGCGGAAAUAAUGAGGAACAAGGCCCUAGCCUAAUCUGGGUGAUGAGUUUCGCUAUCCUGGCUCUUUACAUGAACAUGUUAUUUGAGCUUCGAGUUAUCCGACAACUCGGCAUUGUGGUCAAUAUCAUUCUAAACAUUACACGUCAGAUUCUAUGGUUCUUUGUGAUAUUCGCUAUCUUCAUCGUGAGUUUUACACAUGCGUUGCUUCAUCUUCAACAUACUCGGAGGUUCCGCAGGGACUGUUAUGAAAGUGAAAAGGGUUGUGAGGAUCAGGAUUACCCAGAUGGAUAUCCUAAAAGAUUUCUUACAGCAAUGUCCGCAACAUACUUCUUUUUGGCUGGACGAUACGAGCCUGUGGACAACUCAUUUGUAAAUGGGCCAGCUAGCUUUCAUAUUAUGAUGGUGAUCUUUUUCUUCUUCACGACUGUGUUGUUCAUGAAUAUUCUCAUUGCUUUGAUGAAUGAUGCUUACAACGAGAGCAAGCAAGAAGGUCAAUUAGCUUGGCUGAAACAGUUGUCCGAAGUCAUUUCUGAUGUGGAGACAUGCUAUCUAUCAGAUGUUGCUCGCCAAAAUCGCAACUUUUUUCCGGAUUAUAUCUAUUACGGCGCAAGCGAGAAAGAAGCUGAUCUGUACGAGUCCAAGUACUUUAUCGCCAAUAAAUCUCAGCUGUCAAUAGAAAACCGAUUCUUGGUCGAUACCUAUUCUGACAAACAGCUUUUGACUCAACAAGCUGUUCUCAGGGAUAUGCAAGUGAUGAAACAGAACCAAGGAUCUGUCAGCCAAGGUGUUACCGAAAUGAAAAAUGAUAUCCAUGAAGAAUUGGCUGAACUCCGAAAGAUGAUGUCGACCCUUAUGGCUGUCCAGAUGGGCGGACGUGUCCCAAGUUCAAACGAGCCCCCCUCAUUACCUUCACAAAAGCAGCCUACACAACAUCAGGAGUCAUCCUCUACGCCUAAUCCUGCCAUCCCUGCCCCUGUCCCUGCCCCUGUCCCUGCCCCUGCACCUAUACUUGGACCAAACCCUGCGCCCGCUACAGGGCCUGGGAUGCGCUACGAUCCUUCAUUGGAGCAAUCACAUUCCUCUGAUUCUGCUCCCAUCCAACGAGACAACCGUACAUUACCUCAAGCACGUGGAUCAACUCCCGAAAUUACCUCAGGAGAGCCUACAGGCGAUCGACCAGAGGGUAGCGGUGGUGUUGAUAAUGGCGAUCAAUUACCGGAAGAUAAAGCUCUUCGCAAUAAGUUAAGCCAGACAUUCAAGUCUCAACAUCCCAAGGUUGAAAAUAACGCGAGCCAUCCUGUGUAUGUCGAGCCGCUGAAGCGUCACCAACCUGAUGAUGAUGACGAUGAUGACGAUGAUGAUAACGAUGAUGAUGACGAUGACGGAUUUGGCAUUCAGUCGUUAACUUCUCUGAACCGUCCCGGUUUCCGUGAAUAAGCUCAAUGCAAGAGCCAUUGCAUCAAUUGCCUCGCUUCAUGUGCACCUCUAAACUAGUCUUCUCCCCCUUGUAGUGCUGUAGCGUGGCAAACAGAGAAAUAUACAUGUAUUUUUGUUGAUUUUUAUUCUAACUAUUACUGUUAUGACAC